CAAAGGAAAAUGGACUUACAUCUAAGUUAAAAGUAUUACGAUUUGAGAAAAAUAAACUAGGAUUUGCCUCCUAACGGUAUUCUGGUAAAUCCAACCAAAUGAAAUAAAUUAAAGAAACUAAUUUCACAUCUAUAAAUAUUAACAGUAUGCAGUAUCCACCCGAAGAGGCAUAUACUCGCCUUAUCAGUCACAAUAUGACUGUGCCUCAAAGAAUAAAGGCAACAGGUGAUAUAAUUGAUGAUGAAACAGCUCCCAAUGGAAUGGUUUCAGGUUGGGAUUAUGCUAAUGAGAAAUUUGACAUGAAGGUACCAGAAAGGAUCUUAGUUAUUGGACAAGACCAACAUGUUGGUACUAAAGCACCACCCAGAGAAAUUCAACUGGAUAACGCUGUGCUGCCAACAGAUCCGGGUAUGGUCCGUGUGAGCACGCCGCCACGUAUCAUUACCCUCGAUCAACAUUACUUCCCUUCAGCUGAUGAUUUUCCACAUGGCAUGCCUAAUAAUUCACCACCACGGAAUAUUAAAACUUAUCGCUCCCAAGGUGAUGGGGCAAGAACAACGACACCCCGUCCAGAUCACUUCAAUGAGUCUAUAAUGACUGAAUCACGCCUUGUACUCCGAGAUCCUACACCACCUAUAGGUAAUGGUGAAGGACUUUCGACCGCUGAAGAGUUAGUGCAUUUACGACGCCAAAUUGUGAAGUUAAAUCGACGUGUUAUGUCUAUAGAAGCUGAACAACUUCAAAGGCAACAGAAGGAAAAAAUUGCUUAUGCUAUAGGCAUAGCGUAUAUGUUGUUCAAGGUUAUUGCUUGGUUAAACAGAUCUUAAAUCAAGAAAUACCCUGAUAAUAUUGUAACAUAAAAUUACUUAUACAGAAUAUGUUAAGCGUGUGACGUGACUUCUGUAAAUCUUCUAGAGAUCAUUUACCCUUGUAAGUGUCACAUCCCUAGUAGUGCAGGUGGAAGUGUAGAGUUCUUGAUUACUUUUACUGAAAGUUUUGUUACUUUUUUAUGAAGUUACAUAUGUUAUCAAUGUACUUUACAGUGAAUUUAUGUGUAUAAGCUAUAAUUAGAGUUUCUUGUUGGACUGUAUAGACAAUGAAUGAAUUAAGAACUUACAGUGCCACCCUUUAACUAUGAGGUUUUUGUAUUCUGUUAAUUCAUUUCCUUAGUUUGAAUAAAGUCUAGGAAACAAUGAAA